CUCUCAUUGGGUAUGGCUGGGAGCUGCCUGGGUGCAGGAGGAGCUCCCAAGUUAAACCAAGUGAGACCACACCCAUAAGCAGUGGAGACUGAGCUCAGAAGGUUUUCUUUUUAGCUUAAUAUUUUUCAAGGCACUGGGAGCUCAGAAGCAUGUCGGGGAAGCCCAGGCUCACGUAUAUCAAUGGGAGAGGGCGAAUGGAGACCAUCCGAUGGCUGCUUGCUGCAGCUGGAGUGGAGUUUGAAGAAAUUUUUCUGCAAACAAGAGAACAAUUAUUGAAGUUAAUCAAAGAUGGAUCCCUGCUGUUCCAUCAAGUGCCACUGGUUGAGAUCGACGGGAUGAAGAUGGUGCAGUCCAGAGCCAUUCUCAGCUACAUAGCAGGGAAAUACAAUCUCUACGGGAAAGACCUGAAGGAGAGAGCCCUGAUUGACAUGUAUGUGGAAGGAAUAUCUGAUCUGAUGCAGCUGAUUUUGAUGUUUCCUUUCUCUCCACCUGAGGCAAAAGAGAAAAAUCUUGCUUCAAUUGCAGAGAAGGCAACAGAGAGGUACUUCCCUGUCUUUGAAAAGGUCUUGAAACAGCAUGGCCAAGACUUUCUCGUGGGCAACCGAUUCAGCUGGGCAGAUGUUCAGCUUUUGGAAGCUAUUUUGGCAGUGGAGGAGAAAGUACCUUCUGUGCUUUCUGGGUUUCCUCAGCUGCAGGCUUUUAAAACCAAAAUGAGCAACAUGCCUACAAUUAAGAAGUUCCUGCAGCCUGGCAGCCCAAGGAAGCCCCCACCAGAUGAACGUUAUGUAGCAACUGUGAUGGAGAUUUUUAAGAUAAACUGAGUGAAAUGUUAACUUCAGAGAGUCCCAAAGUGCUGGGAAGAAAGACAUCAAAACCCAAACCCUUAAAGGAAGUAGGAAACUCAGAGAAAUUCUAUUGUACUUAAAAGCAAAGGUAGAAAUAAAUAGAAAAGUGAAAUAAAGCAUUCUGUUUACUCUGGCA